AUGAAUGCUGCAUCCCAAGGUGACAAGGCCUCUGCCGAAUCCAACUACCCCGUUGCUAUCGAGCACUACACCCACGCCUUGAGCGAGCUACCCCGCGCUCCGGCAUACUACAUUUCGCGAUCAACUGCCUAUUCGCGCCUCAAGCCCGCAGAUGGUGGACCCAACUACCAGGCCGCACUCAACGAUGCUGAAAUCGCGCUCCAGCUCGCCAAAGAGCGUGGAAACCGUGAAUUGAUCCUCUCUGCUCAGAUGCGCCGCGCCGUGUCCCUCUACCAACUUGAGCGGUAUGGAGAUGCAGAAUUUGUGUUUGACAUCAUUGCAAAGAAAACCAAGAGCGAGAAAGCCCCAGAGAACAAAUCGGAGCAGGUCCAGGCUGCCAUGGGAGGACCGGGAUCCGGAUGGGGAGGUCCCAGAAACAAUUACAGUGCCCAGAUGCCGAUUUGGACUGCUAAACUUCAACGCAAGCUGGCGGAGUUGCCUAAGGACGAUUCGAAGCGCAUUGUAUCUGUCACCGAGUACCCAUCUUCUACCAACGUUCCCACUGGAGAGGAGGUCAAGGCUCAGUGGAAGGCCCUCAAGGCUGGCAAGAACGUGGAGGUGACCGGAGCCUCGCAGCAGCCCGAGCCUGAGCUAUCAGGAGGUUCUACCCUAUCUGCAUCGGAGGCUGCUUUGGCUGCUAGAAUUCAAAACUCAAACAUCGGUGCUACAUCUACUCCUGCUGCCCAGGAGAAGGUUCGCCAUGAGUGGUAUCAGUCACAGGAUUCUGUCGUUGUGACUCUUUAUGUUAAGGGGAUCCCAAAGGAAAAUGUCGUAGUUGAAAUAGAAGAAGCUUUGGUCUCGCUGCAAUUCCCUCUCCCAUCUGGAUCUGAAUACGACUUCACUCUCGACCCGCUUUAUGCAGCUAUCAAUCCCGCCGAGUCCAAGGUCUCAGUCAAGAGCACCAAGAUUGAACUCACUCUGCGAAAGAAGACAGCUGGCCAGAAAUGGAGUGCUCUCGAAGGUUUAGCCACUAACCCCACUGAGAUCACCGACCGUCCAGCCGCUCAACAGACGCCAGCUACUGCGGGCCCUUCUUACCCAACCUCGUCACGCCACGGAACCAAGGACUGGGAUAAAGUCGCAUCCUCGCUCACUGGAAAGCAGCCAAAGGACAAGACAGGGGAUGGUGGAGACGUAUCUGAGGAAUCGGAUGGCGAAGGUGGCGAUGCUGUCGACGGGUUCUUUAAGAAGCUGUAUGCUGGUGCUGACCCGGAGACGCGUCGAGCUAUGAUCAAAAGCUACACCGAAAGCCAAGGAACAUCCCUGAGCACGAAUUGGUCUGAGGUUUCAAAGGGGAAGGUGGAAGCUCACCCUGAAUGA